AUGUCUAGACGUGAGGAAAUCAUUUGCCAUCUGACUGAAAGGAAAAGAAUCGUAGCGUUGGACUGGGGCAGUACUUCUGUUCGAUUGGUGAUCUGCUACUUGAGCAACUUGCGGCUGAAGGAAUUAUACAACCCAGAGGCAUUGACAACCCAAGACGGUAGCCGAUACGAGAAAGGCGCCUUCAACGGCUACAUCAACACUUCAGGGACUGGAAGAGUCUACACUGGCGAUGAGCUUAGCCCCUCCACUACUCAGGUCUCGGCCAAGUUCUUCCUGGGCAAUGGGAGAGGCAUCGAUGGAGAGAACCCUCUCCGAGCAGAAGCAGUGAGAAAUAUCAACAACCCUAACUUCGAAGACCGAGGGAAAGAGGGUGUUGCAGCAAUUUUGACAGCCGUAUUUCAACGGCUGGAGUCGGAGUGCCAGAAGAAGAGCAUGCCUUUAAAGAUUGUCGACUUUGGCCUGUCGGUUCCUGCUCACUGGACUCUAGAAGAGCACGAGAAGUACGCGGAACUUGUCAGGGAGAAGUCCAAUUUGCUUUCCUUCUGGUCAUUCCAAUUCGAUCGUGUCCAUUUCCACACAGAAGUCGAGGCAAUCGCUCAUUAUGUUUGUCAGGAUAGCGACGUCGCAGACAGAAUACUUGGAAGCGACGAGAGUCAAUACGUUCUCUUUCUUGAUUUCGGUGGACACAGCAUGCUAAUUAACAUGCUUGGCAAGAAUGGCUGCAUUUUCUUCGUGAGAAGAAGCAACGACAAGACGGCGUUUUUCAGGGUCGAUGAACCAUUUGGAAAGGUUGGUGGUACAGCCAUGUGGGAAGCAGACGUCAGCGAGUUCUGUGUUGAACACACUAAAUCGAAUAAGGGCAAUUUGGAUAGUGCCCACGUAACGCAACUGCUUCGAAAUGCAAUUCUGAAAGAAUUUCGGUGGCAGCUCAUGGCCAAUACCUUCAGCGAAGGGGCGACUUCAUGGGCCUUGAAUCUGACUAUAAGGAGGCCGAAAGAUUAUCCUUCUGAUUCCCAGCAUUUCCACGUCGAUAUCCCGGCUCUCAAGACUUUUGAAAUUUUCAGGGCAGCUCUCAAAGGGCCAUUCCAGGAAGCAGAACAGGGUAUUAGAGAGAUAGCUCGGCUUAUCAAGUCUCGCACUGGUGUCGGUGGUCGUGUUGUUGUAUCCGGCGGGAGCGCGAAAAACCAGUUUGUCAAAGAGUGCUUGAAAGCUACAGUACAGACAGUUUUCAACAGCGCAAAGCUUCCCUGUCCAAUUUUCCUGGACGAAAUCUCAAUGUCGGAGUCCCCAUACGAAUCAUUCAAUAUUGCCAAAGGGGCAGCACUGGCAACAGCCAAAAAUCAAAGGAUUCAGGAGUAUAUCAAAGAUGGGGCUGCUUUUGGCAUCCAAGUGAUGAGAGGCCGGGGCGGUGGCGGCGAUGAAGAAUGGGACCACUUUGCAAAAGUGGUUUUAGCGAACGCGGGCGAAGGAUGGAGGCGAUCCAGAUACCAUUCCUUCGAGACAGACGGCACGAACCGAUUCAAGAUAGUAUGCGAUCCCUUUUGGGAUACAGAAUCACACCCACGACGACGAACAUGGCUGGACUGCGGCGUGACCUACGACUUCCUUGACCUACUCAUACCUCCUGAAGGGAAAUGGCAGUUCAGGCUUACUCUCCCUGCAGAACAGAAUCCCAUGUAUGAGUGCCUGAUCCUCGAGAGACAUAUGGUUCACGGAGGUCAGGUGUUGUGGCCAACGCAUCAGAAGGUCGAACUGAGAACGUCAUUCGAUAGAUCAGGAAUGACAUUUCUGGUUCAGCCCGACCGGGAACUUGAGGAUUUACAUUGCGGAAUCGGUUUGACGCCAUUAGGGACGUAUGUUGCGCUUACACCACUCGUUGAACGUGAGUGGGCCAGCGAAGUGUCUCGAAGAAUGGCCAUCACUCAACAGCAGGACGAAGAUGAAGUGGAAGUGCCCAGUGGCGUAAAUUGGCUGUCGCCUUUUGCAAAGCCCCUCAUUGAGUUGGACUCAGACAGCGACGGCUCUUGAUCCAGAGAAUCCAUUUCUACAGAAACUACUAGUAAGAUACUAGAAUGAGAUCUUGAAGGACUACAUAGACUUUAAUGAUAUUCCCUUUGUCGCUACCUGAGAGCGUCCUGCAUCCCUAAUACAUCUGGCCGUGCCCCGAGUAGUAUGCGGAAAAGGAAGUAAUUCUCCUUAUAGUCAGUGGGGGAGAAAGAGAGCAA